AGAUCCGUCGCCGCGCAGGGAGCACAGAGAGACGCGUCUGCCAAGUCCAGUCCACCCCACUUGGUGACGUGCAGCGCGGUGCAGAGACAGGCUACGGACCGAGCAGCGCGCAGCCGCUCCCGGCGCACACUGUUGUUCCUUUUGCUGUAAAAUGCAACAGCGGUCUUUGCGGGAUAAAGACAGCAUUCAUACAUAAGCAGCGUCGGAGCGAAAACAAGGACAAACGCCGGGGGACAGGAGCAGCGAGCGACCGGGGAGGUGUAGACGGCAAUACUCAAAAGAUCUAAUUUGUCUGUGAUGAGCAUCCCCAUCCACCAGAGACCAAAGGUACGCUCCAGUUGUUGAUGGACGUCCCCGUGUGACUGGUGGAGACUGCGCAGCCAUCGGCCACUAUCGAAGGCAUCCCACUCUUCGCCACUGGGAGAAAUCAAUGCCAGGGUGUAGAACAAAGAGAAAACCCCCUCUGACUUCACCAAGGCCUGCCCCCGUUGUUCCCUCUGAGAGGAAGAGGAAGUGAUGUCACGCCACCACCACCGCUUUGAGAGGGACUACCGGGGACCCUGGGAGCGGAGAGACAUCCGUCCUUCUGGCCUCCACAAUGGAGGAGCCAAUCAUAGCUGUGCCUCUGCCGUUGUCAAUGGCAACAACCGUCCAGGGCUCCUUCCCCUCCCAGUCAUCCCCUCCCUCCUCCCCACCCCGGUUACAGUUGCCGUGACAACAUCGAGUAGCGACAUAGCGGUCAAGCGAGGCAUCACGGCUGCCGGAUCAGUGGCUUCCGCAUCUGCCAAGGUCUCCGGUCUGUCUCCCGGGGACAACCAGACCCCAGGACUGCUGCUGGCUCCAGGGGUGAGGUGGGGACAGACACCCAUCAACCAGCUCACACCCUGGGAUACAGAUGAGCCCCCUGCGAAGCAACAUCGAGACAGCGAGCCCACCGGUCCGACCUGGGCUGCACCAGUAGCAGCAGUGAGCCAGCCCAGCCUCCUGCCCCACACCUACGCCCUCCCCCAGCCGCCCUCCUUCAACCACAGUGUGACCGCACAGUCACCAAUCAUAGGAGUAACCCCAUCCAUUCAGGCGCCGGUACCCCCGCAACACCCCCUCAUGACAGCCCACUUCCAGCUGACGCCACAGUCCACCCAGCAGCCGCCCUCCAUGGUGCUGAGCAUGCCCAGCCAGCCUCCGUACCCCUCCGCUCAGCCCACGUCUGCCCUCGCUGCCCAAGCCAACCAGGUGGUUCAUCCAAACCCUCACAGCGUGAUGGGCAACGGCCACUUAACCUCUCACCCCGGCCUCAUCCAGCCGCCCGCCUUGCCUCUGACCAAUGGACAGGCGGCCGCAGCAGCAGCGGCGCAGGCUCAGCCCACAGCCGGGGACAAUCAGGACGGUCCAAACGGGCUGCAAAUGCUGCGGACAGUUGGCAUGGGAAAGUACGAGUUCAGUGACCCGGGACAUCCUAAAGAGAUGUUGAAGGAGUUGAACCAACAGCGCAGAGCGAAAGAGUUUACAGACCUGAAAAUUAUUGUUGAAGGCAAAGAGUUUGAAGUCCACCAAAAUGUUCUAGCUUCCUGCAGCUUGUAUUUCAAGGACCUGGUGAAAAGGUCAUCGGGGGAGACGAGGAGCGGCGAGACGCUGGAGCUGAACAUGAGCAACAUCAGCGCCGACGUGCUGGAGCUGCUGCUGGAGUUCGUCUACACGGGAUCGCUGGUCAUCGACUCGGCCAACGCCAAGACGCUGCUGGAGGCUGCCAACAAGUUCCAGUUCAGCACCUUCUGUAAAGUCUGUGUCUCCUUCCUAGAGAAACAGUUGACUGCGGCUAACUGUCUGGGAGUGCUGGCUAUGGCUGAAGCCAUGACUUGUACGGAGCUCCAUAACAUGGCCAAAGCUUUUGCACUGCAGAACUUCCCUGAGGUGGCGGUACAGGACGAGAUUUUGAACAUAUCCAAGGAGGAUCUGGUGGCCUACCUGUCCAACGACAGUCUCAACACCAAGGCUGAGGAGCUGGUCUACGAGACGGUCAUCAAGUGGAUCAAACAAGACCCCACCUCCAGAGUGCAGACUUUAUCAGAUCUGCUGGCGGUGGUGCGCCUCCCCUUCAUCCACCCCUCCUACCUGCUUAACGUGGUGGACAACGAAGAGCUGAUCAAGUCGUCGGAGGCGUGUCGCGAUCUGGUCAACGAGGCCAAACGCUAUCACAUGCUGCCCCACGCGCGGCAAGAGAUGCAGACGCCCAGGACUCGGCCGAGGCUCUCUGCUGGUGUAGCCGAGGUGAUAGUUCUGGUGGGAGGGCGUCAGGCGAUCGGGAUGAACCAGCGCUCCCUGACAGCAGUCACCUGUUUUAACCCCCAGAACAGUAAGUGGUACCCGCUGGCCAGCCUGCCCUUCUACGACCGCGAGUUCUUCAGUGUCAUCUCGGCGGGAGACAACAUCUACCUGUCAGGUGGCACCGAGUCCGGUGUGAUGGUGGCUGACGUAUGGUGCUACAUGUCCUUGCUGGACAACUGGAACCUGGUGUCCCGGAUGACCGUGCCCCGCUGCAGACACAACAGCCUGGUAUACGACGGCAAACUCUACACCAUCGGAGGACUGGGCGUAUCAGGGAACCUGGACCACGUGGAGAGGUACGACACCAUCACCAACCAGUGGGAGACGGUUUCUCCUCUUCCUAAGCCAGUCCAUUCUGCAGCAGCCACGGUGUGCGGAGGGAAGGUCUACGUGUUUGGGGGUGUGAACGAAGCCGGGCGCUCAGCGGGGGUCCUCCAGUCCUACGUACCACAGAGCAACACCUGGAGCUUCAUUGAAUCACCGAUGAUAGGUAAGAUAGGUGACAGCACCCACAGUCUUUGA